AUGCGCCUUAGAAGUCCUUUUUUCUUUUACUUCUUAAAUUUGUCUAUUCGUCCUUUCUUUUUUUUUCUUUUUCAUUCAUUCGAUGUUUUACUUUAUUUUAUGUCUAACAUUUAUUCGAUUUUUCUUCUUUAUUUGUUUCUUUCAUUUCAUGCAUUUUUAUUUUUUUCUUUUCUUUCUUUAACAUUACAUUCUCUUUCUCUAUUGAGUAAAUCAAUUCCUUUUUUCAUUGAUUCUUUCUUCUUUUCUCAUAAUUCUUCUCAUAUGAAGUUCUUUGACAAAAAUACAAUCUUUCUUUCUUUCUCUUCUGUCUUUCCUUCUUUCUUUCUUUUUUCUUUCUUUCUUUCUUUCUUUCUUUCUCAUACUUUUCUUUUUUUUUUAUUCUUACUUUCUUAUCCAAUGGUUUCAUUCUCGUACUUUAUUUAUUUAUUUAUUUGUCUCUUUCUUUCUUUUUUUCUUUUCUUUCUUUCUUUUUCUCAUACUUUUCUUUUUCUUUCAUGCUUCCUUUCUUCCCCAAUGGUUUCAUUCUCGUACUUUCUUUCUUUCUUUCUUUCUUUCUUUCUUUCUUUUUCUUUAUUUCUUUCUUUUUCGUUCUUUCUUUUUCUUUCUUUCUUUCUUUCUUUCUUUUUCUUUCUUUCUUUCUUUCUUUUUCUCAUACUUUUCUUUUUCUUUCAUUCUUCCUUUUUUAUACAAUGGUUUCAUUCUCGUACUUUCUUUCUUUCUUUUUCUUUCUUUCUUUCUUUCUUUUUCGUUCUUUCUUUUUCUUUCUUUCUGUUUUCUCAUACUUUUCUUUUUCUUUCAUUCUUCCUUUUUUAUCUAAUUCUUUCCUUUUCUGUCCUUUAUCCAUCUUUCUAUCUUUUGUCUUCCUUGCUUUCUUUCUUUCUUUCUUCAUUUCUUUCCUAA